GAACACCUCUCCCGCCGGCAGGAGAGGUGCGCACUCCUCACCCCCGCCGGAAACGGCCCCAUCCUGCGCGGGCUCUCGGGCUGGAGAGGAAAGUCGUCCCCUCUGUCGGGCUGGUUUCUGCAGCUUCAAGGUUCCGGGUUCCUGUGUCACCACGACUGGACAGCACCUCCCACCCUCUUAUCCUAAUCAAAAGCCCGGGGCGGGGAGAGUGAAAGAGAGAGAGUGUGCGUGCGUGGACACGAGCCCUAUGGGCCACUCGUGAGCCUGGGCCUUCAACGGACCGAUUUCAGCCCGGAAACCUUCGGCUUCUCUCUCUGCAUACCCCGCCCAGACGCGGUUUCUCCACGUUUUUUAAAGCUCCCUUUGCCUCUCGAGAUGUGUCCCAAGAGGGGAGAAGUUGGGACUGUGGCCGGCCUGCUACAGGUUGCCACAUGUUCUUUUCCGGAUCGUGGCAACUUCCCAGGGCGUGUCUCUAGGUCUCCCCGGGUGCCAGAUUACCAGCGUAGGCCCCAGUGCAGGCUGGAUCUCGGCCCGGGCCUCGGAGGCGUGUGAGGGCACCAGCUUUGCACCUAUCGUCUCACCCAUCCCCAGGGCACACGCCUCGAAGGGAUGUCGGGUCCGGGAGCAGCCGAGCACACCCCGGAACCUGAGAUACCGGUGUCAGGUGUCGGUCCUCUCUGCCUGCCCCGCCCCGAGCUCACACUGCUUUCACCUAACAGCCCCCGCCCCUCCCCGCUUCUUUCCAGGGAAGACCCCCCGUCUAAACCUCCGAUUUGGUAGCAUUGUUGAUGUAGAGGCCUGUCCGAGUAAGGCUAGCAUAUAGAGGCCUGUCCAAAUAAGGCUAGCAUAUAGAGACCUGUCCAAAUAAGGCUAGCAUAUAGAGGCCUGCCCAAAUAAGGCUAGCAUAUAGAGGCCUGUCCAAAUAAGGCCAGGAAAUUUUUAGGCGCCAACACCAGCUGCCCGCCAACAGCAGUCCAAUCAGGAACUUUUGCCUUAGUUUGAUUGAGCCGAUAGCUAACCGCCAUAUCUGCUUCUGUAUCCCUUGCUUGCUUGCUUGCCUGCCCCUAUAAAAACCCAGUAGUCUGUAAGCCAGGCGCGACUUCCACUUUGGCGGCUCUGCGUAGCCGCGAGACUACGGUCUCGUUCGGGAAGUUCGCCCCUGCGCAGGUAAAACUUGGCCAAUAAAUUUACCAUCAAACCGCUCUCAGUGUUCGGGGGAUUCCUUUCGCUCGCAACUUGAAUACAACAUUUGGAGGCCCCAGCGAGAUCUAAGGAGUGUCUCCGGAGACUGAGACUGCGAGGCCCGGUCCUUACAGGCGCUGCAAGGGAUCCGAGGUGAGGUGCGCGCCUUCCAACAAGCCCAACGCCAAGAAUCUGAGGAAAUAAAGGGAGAAAGGCCUAGACAGCCGGAGCCUGGACAAUGGGUAUGGAUCCUUAAUCAUCGGAGGGGAAAUUUAGAACCUCGCUGGACGGGACCAUAUCAGGUACUGUUAAGCACUCCCUCCGCUGUACGAGUGGCGGAGAAACCCUACUGGAUCCAUCUGUCCCACAUUAAGACUGCCCAACCACCAGAGGAAGAAUCACGAACAUGGCGGGUCCGACCAGAUCCGGACAACCCUAUGAAGCUUGCCUUUUCACGUGUAUAGGACUCCUGAUCCUCGGUGGAACCCCAGGUCAGGGCCUAGAGCAACAGGAGUGGGUACUCAUAAGGACAGCAGAUGGUACAGUCAUUGCUACCAAUUACACUUGGGAUACAGGCCCGGUGGCUCUACGCACAGACUUCUCAAAGUUCUUUGAUGACACACUCUGUGAUAGAGGGGAUAUGAGAUUACUACCAGAAAGUCCUCAAGCCCCACUAGAGGGUGGCACAAGGGCAGGUAGAGUUUGUAGUGAGGGCUUGUCGGCCUCCUUGAACAGGGCACUUUGGCACACCCCUCAUUAUGGAUGCCCAGAGCCCCCCUCAGGGAAAAGGCUCACAUGUGGGUCACAUGGAGAUUACUACUGCAAGGCAUGGGGCUGUGAGUCCUUCACGAAUGGUGGCUGGAUACUGGGGGGAGGAACUGACAAACAUAUUCUUUUUACCCGAGAUAAAAGCAGAGAACCGGGUAGAGGAUGGGAUGCGGACUGCGCAGCAAACAGGUGUAAUCCUACUACUGUGAUAGUCUUGAACCCAGGAGAUUCAGGGUGGCUAAAAGGUCACACAUGGGGUCUCAGGCUCUAUGUCAGAGGUACAGACCCGGGGACCUUCUUUACAGUAAGAAGGCUGCCCACUCAGGGGAGACCGUUAUUGAGAGGGGGGAACGGGAAAGCUGCCACCUCGCCCACCCAAACCCACCACUAGUCCGGGAAAAGGCGAGGGCCCCUCAACGCUUGAAACACCCAUGGGGGCCAGCAGAAACCAGAGCGAGACCAUAGAAAAUCCACAAUUCGAGGGUGCGAACAACUUAAGGAUUCCCCUCGGAGAUCCUAAGCCCUUAAUAGAGAAACCACACCACCGGGGAAGGAGAAGGGGUGCCUAAGACAAAACCCCUUCCCAAGAACCCGGACCAGGACCAAAUGAAAGACUUCCAACAGUGUACAUUUGAAAGUACCCUCACAUUAGCAGAAUUCCAUGGGCGAGGCACCUGUUAUUUGCUAGCGAACUAUACCCUUGCAGCCUCAAACUAUAGUGACUAUUGCCUUAACCAAGAGCAUUUGCCGAGAGACCCUAGGAAUUUGACUAUUACAUUAGCUCCAGAAGGACUGUGGUUUGUCUGCACUCAAGGUAUCUUCAAGUGUCUAGUACCAACUAACCCUGAGCUAUGUGUUAGUGCUUACAUCAUUCCCCAAGUGUACUUAUAUGGGGGAAACCCUGAUUUUCUGAUACGUGCCCCCAUUCGAGCCAAGCGAGUCCCAUUGCUAAUUCCCAUCGUCGCCACUAUCGGUGUUGUAGGGUCGGCUGCUGUAGGAGCAGGAGCAUUGAUCCAUGGGGAAAACAGUCUCAGGGCCUUGUCACAGACUUUCUCCAAAGAUGUCUCCUUACUCCAAGAGCAAGUAGAAUAUUUAGAGCGCCAAGUAGACUCCCUAGCAGAAGUGGCACUCCAAAAUCGAAGAGGGUUAGAUCUAGUAUUCCUGCAACAAGGAGGAGUAUGUGCAGCACUUGGAGAAGAUUGUUGUUUCUAUGCCAACCACUCAGGAAUAAUUAGAGAAAGUGUAAAAGCACUCACUAGACGACUUAAAAGUAGAGACCAGGAGGAUGAGUCGUCCUCCUGGUAUUCUUCCCUAUCUAAGACUUCCCCUUGGCUAAAUACAUUGAUAUCGGCUCUAGCCGGUCCCUUGAUCAUCCUCCUAUUAGCCCUGACCAUAGGCCCAAUAAUUCUAAACAAGCUCAUAACUUUUAUUAAAGAUAAAAUAGAAACAGUAAAACUUAUGGUGUUGUCUCAGCCCUAUACAAUCCUCCCUCAAGAGGAGCAUGAGUCAAGGGUUUGACUAAUAAGAAAGAGAAGGAGGGAGUGUAGAGGCCUGUCCGAGUAAGGCUAGCAUAUAGAGGCCUGUCCAAAUAAGGCUAGCAUAUAGAGACCUGUCCAAAUAAGGCUAGCAUAUAGAGGCCUGCCCAAAUAAGGCUAGCAUAUAGAGGCCUGUCCAAAUAAGGCCAGGAAAUUUUUAGGCGCCAACACCAGCUGCCCGCCAACAGCAGUCCAAUCAGGAACUUUUGCCUUAGUUUGAUUGAGCCGAUAGCUAACCGCCAUAUCUGCUUCUGUAUCCCUUGCUUGCUUGCUUGCCUGCCCCUAUAAAAACCCAGUAGUCUGUAAGCCAGGCGCGACUUCCACUUUGGCGGCUCUGCGUAGCCGCGAGACUACGGUCUCGUUCGGGAAGUUCGCCCCUGCGCAGGUAAAACUUGGCCAAUAAAUUUACCAUCAAACCGC